AUGCCCUCCGAACCCACAAAAUCCGGCAUCGUCACCGACGAGACGAGCGGCGAUCGACACAUUCCCGAGUCCGUACGCGCAGACGGAAGCACUCGCAAGGCGAUCAAGAUCCGCCCGGGCUACAGGCCCCCAGAGGAUGUCGAGCUUUACAAGAACCGGACCGCCGAGGGCUUUCGCAACCGUGGCAAGACGGGUGGUGUCAUUGGCGCCGAAGGGCUCAAGAAGGCACAGCCUGCAGAGACUCCUGCCGCCUCCGCGGCCAGCAAUAAGAAUGCCAAGCGCCGCGAGGCACGCAAGAAGGCCAAAGAGUCGGACCAACCCGAGGCUGCUCCUGCCGCAGAUUCAAAGGCCGUCCAGGCAGAAGAGGUCGACCCCGAAGUCGAGAGGGAGAAGAAGGCUCGGAAUCUGCGCAAAAAGCUCAAGCAGGCGAGAGACCUCAAGGACAAGAAGGAAGGCGGCGAGGCCCUGUUGCCCGAGCAGAUUGCCAAGGUCAUCAAGAUUAACGAGCUCGUGAGAGAACUGGCUGCUUUGGGCUUUGAUGCCGAAGGAGAGCCAACAACAAGCACGGACGGUGAUCUUGCAGAGAAGCCCAAGGACGGCUGA